GCCGGCCCUUCUUUCCCCCCGCUGCUCCCCCCGGGAAGCGGCUGGCUGCUGGCUGCCUCUCGCUCUCCCCUCCCCUUCCCUUUUUUUUAAUUUUUAUUUCCUUUUUUUUUUUUUUUAUCCCCCGCCCCCGCUUCCCGGGGCAGCGGCGGCCCGCCCCCCCCUCCCCACGAUCCCUCCCCGCCCGCCCCCCUCCCGCCGCCGCGGCCCCGCACCGGCCCCACCAUGGCGACAUGAGCCCGCCGGACGCCGCCGCCGCCGCGGACAUGGGGCCCGUACGGAGCUGAAGCGCCGCGGAGGAGCCCCGCCGCCGCCCCGCCAUGGGGUGCUGAUGGCCGGGCCCCGCCGGGCACCCCGCCACCGCGCAGGGGAGGUAGCUGUAUCCAGUUGGGUGGCAGGUGGAUCCAAGGGUCACCAUGAAGUUUUCAGGACCCCUGGAGAGCCAGAGGUUGUCUCUCCUUCUGGAGAUGGCAAUCUCUAGAGAAGCUCAAAUGUGGAAAGCACAUGUGCCGAAAAUUCAGCCCAAUCAGGAUGUAGCCAUUUCUCCAAAGCAGAGGGAUGAGGUCAUUCAGUGGCUGGCCAAGCUCAAAUACCAGUUCCACCUUUAUCCAGAAACGCUCGCCCUGGCCAUCAGUCUUUUGGACAGGUUUUUAGCCACAGUAAAGGCCCGUCCAAAGUACUUGAACUGUAUUGCAAUCAGCUGCUUCUUCCUUGCUGCAAAGACCAUUGAGGAAGAUGAGAGGAUUCCAGUACUGAAGGUGUUGGCUCGGGAUAGCUUUUGUGGUUGUUCUCCAGCUGAAAUUCGCAGAAUGGAGAAGAUUAUCCUGGAUAAACUGAACUGGGAUCUUCACAUGGCAACACCACUGGAUUUCCUUCAUAUUUUCCACGCGGUUGCGGUGUCCAACAGGCCUCAGCUAUUGACCAUCCUGCCCAAACCGAGUCCCUCGCAGCACGUGGCGGCCCUCACCAAGCAGCUGCUGCAAUGCAUGGCCUGUUACCAGCUGCUGCAGUUCAAGGGCUCCAUGCUGGCCCUGGCCAUCGUCAGCCUGGAGCUGGAGAAGCUGCUGCCUGACUGGCUGGCUCUCAUCAUCGAGCUGCUCCAGAAGGUGCAGAUGGAUAGCUCGCAGCUGAUCCACUGCCGGGAGCUCGUGGCACAUCACCUUUCCACUCUGCAGUCUUCUCUGCUGCCCAAUUCUGUAUAUGUCUACAGUCCCCUCAAGCAUACCCUGGUGGCCUGUAACAGAGGAGUGUUCAAAUGCCAGCCCUCCUCUGUCCCAGGGCCAGGUUUCUCCAAGGACAACGGCAGGCCAGAAGUGCCAGUCACAGGUACAGCCGCGCUCUACCAGCGUCUGCCGGCUCCCACCAGCUGCAAGCAAGCCUCUGCCAAGCGCAAAGUGGAGGAGAUGGAAGUGGACGACUUCUACGACGGUAUCAAGCGCCUCUACAACGAAGAUGUUGCUCCCGAGGUAGCGGCUCUUGAAGGCGUGGGCUCGGUUUGCAGCGCUGACGUCUCGAGGCAGGAGGGCAGCGUUUCCCCUUGUCCGCCUUUGCAGCCAGUGUCCGUCAUGUAGCUGGAGGCGCACGCCGCAGCUGCCUUCCAAACCUCGCAGAACGCGGCGCCGCGUAGCUGCAGUGGGGGGAGAAGGGGCCCAUACCUUGUCAGGCUGAACUGAAGGGAGCCAAAAAACAGAAAAAAAAAUCCCAAACCUUUUUUGAAUUUUUUUCUUGUGCGGCUAAUUAUAGUUCCACUAUUUAAGCACUUAAAAACACAAAAAAGUAUAAAAAAUUUAUAAAAGACCCAAAAACCAAACAAAAAAAGUAGCAAAAAAUUGUUUCUUUCUAGUGUUGUCAGUUCCACUGUUUUUCUGCUCCUGUGUGUUGUAACCCAUUCUCUGUGUCCAAGAGCUCACAUCAAUUGUGCAGAGUUGUUUCAGGUUUCCCGGCCAAGUAACACCCCUCUGAUCCGGUUUCCUUCUUCUCCUUAGUCUCUUUCUGCUUGCUCCUCUUUUAAUUCUCAGCAAGUCUUGUGCAUGAUGUUCUGUACUAUCUGACCUUCAUGACAGGUUUGUUUUUUCUUUCUAAAGGAAAAGACCUUUUUUUUUUUUUUUUUGUUAGAACUUUGGUGUUUAAACGUGAUGAUAUUUAAAAACUGAAUUUAAAUAAAAGGUUAGUCAGAAAAAAAAAAAAAACAACCCCAAAACAAUGCUUGCAAACUGCUCCACGCUUAAGUAACCACAGGAGCGUGAAAGUACUCCGCAAGAACACUAGGGCAGUGGCCACGGUGCUCUCUGUACCUUACACAAAGUCUUCUCCAAAUUAAACACUGUGUUUUUGAACAGAGAAGGCAGUUAGUGAACUAAAGUACUGUUUUUUUCAAGUGAUUUUAGUUCACUAUUCUUUUUAGUUUGCACCAGGAAUUGCACUCAGUGUAGAUAUUCACCAACACACGACUUUCUACAUCAAGUGUAAACCUUAAAUUCUGCAAUGGAGACUUUUUUCCCAUAUGUUUAUAAGCUUUUAGCAUGUGACCAGCCCUGCUCAGUGAGGUGCUGGAGUGGCUAAGUACGCCCGAGGUUUGAAAGAUGGGUAAUUACCCAUCAUAAAAGAACAGAAGACCCUGACCCCAAGUUUUGUGUUCCUGUAACUUCUAACCAAAAGCGAAACCUUUAAAAGCUCCUCUCUUUAAAUGUUACACCUGUGUUUCUCGGAAUGACCCGUCCCAAUCUCAAGCUCUCUCCACAGCCCUGAGGAAGGUAUUGUAUUUGGAGCCCUUGUACUGAUGAAAGCCUUCUGGUAGCAAUAAAGUAAGUUGUCCUGGA